AAAGGGCCAUGAAUGUAGCUCAUUGGGGAAAAAAAAUCUCUGUCUGUACAGAUUCUACUGCUUCUGAAGAGCAACAGAAAAUGAGCAAGUCUCAGGGAUUUGUUUCAUUCAAAGAUGUGACUGUGGACUUUACUCAGGAGGAGUGGCAGCAGCUGGACUCUGCUCAAAGAAACCUGUACAAGGAUGUGAUGCUGGAGAACUAUAGCAACCUUGUUUCAGUGGUGAACUUGGAUGGAAAGAAAAUGGAUACUGCCUCCUGCUCAUUCUUCAGAGGCUGAAGACAAUGGGCUGGGCCGAAGUUCUUGGUUUUUAUAAAUUGUGAUAUAAUGUAUAUAAUAAAGUGUUCAAAUAUUAAUUACACAGCUGAUGCAUUUUUUCAUAUGUAUACACCUACCUGACCACUACUCAGAUCAAGAUACUGAAUAUUUCCAGCACCCCAGCAGGCUCCCUUGAACUGCCCCCUUACCAUUUACCUACCUCCUCAGAGAUAACAACUUGGGGUUCUAUCACCAUAAAUUAAUUCUGUUCUUGACCUUCAUGUAAGUGUAAUCACACAGUAUGUAAGGUUUGUUUUUUUUUUUUU